AAUUAAAACACCAAUUCGCCAUAUUUGCUAUUGGUUGGUUUGGUAGCCAUUUUUCAAUAAUUGUUAAAAUUUACGCGUUUGUAAUUUUGUAUUUGUAAUUCAGUGAUCACAGUCUAUCAUUUUUGACUAUUAACUAGUUUUGUUUGAUUUUGAUAAACAUGAGUAACACAGCAUCAACACCGCUUUUCGCAUGUUCGCGUUGUUUCUCAAGACACCCUUUCGAAGAAUUAUCAACUGGUGAACAACUUUGUAAGGAAUGUCGUGGAUCAUUCCCAGUCGUCAAGUGCACGUACUGCCGCUCCGAGUUUCAACAAACAAGCAAGUCAAACACUUCAUCAAUUUGUAAGAAGUGUGAAGCCAAUGUUAAGGCUUAUGGCAAGCCUACAGCCUGUGAAUAUUGUAACAUCAUUGCUGCGUUCAUUGGUAACAAAUGCCAACGGUGCGCUAACUCUGAGCGCAAGUAUGGCCCAGCCGUUACCUGUGAGCAGUGCAAGCAACGCUGCGCUUUCGACCGCCACGAUGAUAGUAAAAAGCAGGUGGAUGGAAAACUAUUAUGUUGGCUUUGCACCCAGUCCCUCAAGAGGGCGUUGGCCAGGACUAAGCAGCAUCUAUCAUCUGUGGACAAACACAAGCACAGGGGACACAAAUCCAGGAGCGGCCACAAAGAGAAGCGUAAGUCCGACAUGAUGAAGUCAAUGAACUCCAACGACUCAUCGCUAAACGACUCGCAGCCAUCGGAGAAGAAAUCCAAGAUGAACCCAAUGCAAGUUGUAUUUCGCUCCAUAGGUGAACUGGACCCCAACAGUUCAGACCAUGUGGUAGCGAUGACUCAACUCAAGGAGACAAUUGCCAGCCUACAGAAGAAAGUACAACAGAAGGAUAAUGAAUUACUUUCCAAAGACAAGUUGAUUACAGAACUAAAAGCUCAGCACCUAAACAACACACAGGAUCUAAGGAAUGAAAUGAAAAACAAAGAGCGACUUAACGAAACAAAGUUUAACCUUAUGAAUACUAAAAUACAGAAUCUUUUAAAAGAGGUUGCAACACUAAGCAAAUCUGCUAAAAAAACUAAUAAGAAUACGAAAGCGGCGCUAGCGAACACAGAGAACAGCGGCAGUGGCACAGACAGCCCGAGCACCAACUAGAACAAUUUUAACCCUUUCAUUUCUAGGAAUAUUACUUGAAAAACAAUGGAAACAUUUUCCUCUUAUUUUUUUACUCUACAAAUGGUUUUAUUUGUAGACUUUUUAUAAUGAUAAGCGUAAGUAGGUUUCAAUUUGAUGACAUGUUAGUUUUUAAUUUAUUAUGCAACAUUAUAAACGUUUUUACCGAUUUAACUGAAGUACAUUAAUGUUAAUUUAUCCAGUAGCGUCAAACUAUUGUUACGUGUAUAAACUGAUGCGGGUUUAAAAGGUAUUAAGUCUAUGACUACUCGGUUAUCAAAGAGAUGAUGAUAAAUAUUUGGAGAUUAUUUUUUGUAUAAUUUUUCAUUCGACUCUCCAUCAGAACUGAACAGCUUAGCAAUGUUUUAUAAACCGUAUCAUUAUCGUUAAUAGACAAAUGCAUAGAUUAGUAUAGUGCACAACCUGAUCCUUAGGUUAUUAUUCUGUUUUAUAGAAUUUAAUAGACUAAAUUAAAAAAUCUGUAUCAUAUCGCAUUUUAUUUUUAUUUUUGUAUCACUUCAGUUUUGUUAUUAUUCCUAAGUAGUUGUACAGUCUUGUGACAAUGAAUGUAGCGUAUACCUAAUAGGUAGAUCACUUUGUAUUUUAACGAAUACAAUAUUAAUUUAUUGGCAAACAUAUGUCGAUGUGAAAUAAAAUUAAGAAAUCGAAAAAAAAUGCGUGUCGAAUUAAAUGAUUGUUAGUUAAUUAGUCCGAUGAGAGGAAAGAGGUUACAAGACGUGGUUUUGUAAUAUUGUUGUCUGUAUUUAUUCUAAUUCUAAUAUAGACGAAAUUCGUUGCAGCUGUCAAUAGCAAUCAACGUUUUAUUUUCCCCGAAACCGCGAAACUGACUGAUUACAUUAGCAACAACCACUUAGUUUUGAAGCAUUCUUUAUUUGCUGCUGCGGCGAACCUUCGCCUAUAUUUUAAUUAGUUUUGUAAGUUUUGAGUAUACAUUAUCAUGUUAAUUAACCUCUUUCGUCUAAUGGUGCGUUCAUAUUGCUAAAUCAUACAUCAAGUUACUGAUUGGAAUAAAAGUUCCUCUUUCACCAAUGUGAGCGCACCCUAAAGUGAUCAUAAUAUCCCCGGACUGAAUAAAUUUUGUCAUAUCAAUGUUAACAAUAAUUAUGUUUUAUGAAUAUACAGUGUUUGAUUCGAUUCGAUGUAUGUGUGAGAAACAUGUAGACUUAAUAAUAUUCAAACGCGACACUAGGUACAUACCAUAUUAAUGAAGGCCUUAAAUUAAUACUACAUUUGUAUAAUUGGAAUAGAUCACGGCAAACAUACAUUUUGUGCUCUUAAAUACAGGAACCUAUAAUUAAGAACAAUUUGCAUAAACUACAAUAAGCAAAAUAUUGCUGUGUUGAGACUUAAUCAUUUGUUAAUUAGCUGAAAUAAUAUUGAUUUAGGUUAAUUGAAUAAUGUGUAAAAUAAAAUGUAUUUCAUUCAUUGGUUAAGAGUAAAAGUAUUCAAAGCGUAUAUUGUACCCACGAGAAACAAGACAAGAAAUUAUAAAAAGAUAUUUGAAAUUCAGUAGCCGUAAGAUUUUAUUGUUUACGAAACAUAUUUUGUGAUAAUUUUUCGAGUGCUUUCAAGCAAACUUAAUAUUUUACCACGUGACGCACAAAGCGACAAAUAAUAUGCAUUUAAUUAAAUAGUAAAAGAUACAGAUUAUAGUGUAUCUGAUAUCGGAGAAGUAUCACGGAAGUAUAUGUUAUGAAACAAUAUGUGUUACAGCUAUGCAGCCCUAGAACUGAGCGAACUCACACAGGUGUCUCAUUUUGUAAGUGUAGGAAUUCGCUUGCUUUAUUAUUUAGUUCUAACCUUAACCUUCCGCCAUGUUCAAAGAAAUACGAUGCCAAUGCACUUUUGCACGUUGUCAAUGCCUAUAGUCGUUGAUAGCAAUACUCACUUGACUUGAAGUCUCUUCUGGCGUUCAAAAGGUUAUUAGAAUUAGUUUAAUAAAGCUGCCCAGCUGUAAUGCUCUUAAAUAAAUUGAAAGUCGUGAUAAAGUUACAAAAGCAUCACUGAACAUAAACUCUUUUUUUAAGUUUCUAGACAAUGAAUAGAUACGCUAUCGGCUGAUAUAACCUGAGUAAACGGUCGCUUUGACAUAUUUUUUCUUUACAAUACAAGCCAAAGAAUUUAAAUUCUUUGUAGAUAACAAAUGCAUCUUAUUAGGUGAAUUCCUAAUUAGUAAAACUUUUUAAUUAAUGUCCAUAUUAAACUGUCACGUGUGUUAAUGUUAAGAUUAGAAUAUAAAUUAUUGAUAAACAAUUUCAAAAGAUGUUCGUAUAAUAUAAAACAAAUUCUUAAUGCUGUGGAACAAAAUAUUCCAAUAGAAUUAUGACCUGAGAAAAAUAAGUAUACUUGUUAGUGAAAAAUGAACGAAAUAAAGUGUAAAAGUAAA